AUGAACGGUACAGAUGCGUUUUUGCAGUCGCUCCAGCGUGACGAUGGCAUGUGGAGAAAUGCAAAUGACAGCGGUAGUGGCAAUGGUAAUCACAAUGGUAAUUUCAGUGGUAAUUUAAAUGGUACUGGUGAGUAUAACGGCAGCAGUAAUUUUAACGGUAAUAGUAAAGUAUCAGGCGAUGUGGACUACUAUUACACUAGCAGUGAGUUUAAUAGCAACGAUCCUUCCCCGUGGUCGCCUAAUAGCGCAGGUGCGCCUGUAGAGCAGCUCAACGCAAACAAUAUGAGUAUUACACCGGAAUCUUUUCAUUCCUACGGAGAAAUGAACCAGCAACAGCCACAAAAUCAGAGGCAAGAACUGAUACAGCAGCAGCAGGUUCAAGCUCAGCAACAAAUGCAGCAGCAACACCAGGAUCGGGCUUCGUCAUUUAACUUCAACGAUUACGCUGGUGAAAUUCAAUUUUCAAGUGUAUCACAACCUCAGCAGCAGCACCAGCGGGUACCAAUGCAAACAGAGGUGAUGCAAGCCGAGAAAAAGGUUGAAACUCCUGACCAGAGUAGUGUAUUCGCAAGCCCGGAGGAUAUGGUGAAAUCUGAGUUCUCACCGGUAAUCAUGAACUCGAAUGCCAACUCGUCUCAAAAUAGCUCUGAACAAAAUAUGUUCGAAAAUACUAAUGAGAUGGAUCCCUAUUUCAAUAACGAUGAGUAUUUAGCAAAAGAUGAAUUUGGCAUUGAUGUGGCACUUGAAGACGUACCUUCUAGUGAAAUUUUCAGUGGAACAACUACUAAGACAGGCAAGAGAAGAAAAGAGAAAACCUCUCAUAACAUUAUCGAAAAAAAAUACAGAACAAGUAUCAAUGAAAAGAUUUUUCAGUUAAGGGAGAUCGUGCCAGCAUUACGUGUUGCAUACAAGGGUUUUGCGGGGAUACCAGUUUCGAACCAGGAUUCAAAAGAUUUGGACGGACUAGAGCCUGCCAGGAAAUUAAACAAAGCCUCCAUUUUGAUGAAAACGAUAGAGUACAUCAAAUAUCUUGAAAAAACGUGUGAGAAUUACAAGCUUGAAAAUCAACAAUUGAAGAGUAAUAUUCCAACACCGGAAAGCUUGCGACCAUAUUCAGGUUCUUUGAGGCCUUCGUCACAACAGCAGCAACAACAGCAACAGCAACAGCAACAGCAACAACACAAUACCUAUGGACGCAAUAAUAUUAAUGGUGGUGAAGAUCUUUCAUUCAACGGCAACAGUGAUACAUCUAAUGAUAUGCGAGUUGGAUUAAAUAUGGCAGAAGCCGAAAGCAAUAAUGAUUAUGCAUCAAAAUUUUUAAUGGGUGGCUUAGCUUUAACAAUGGGCGCUACAUGUUUUGGUGAUAACAGUGACAUGGGAUCAGCCAGGGCAUUAUUUGCAAUGCCAGUUUUCCAGUUUUCACCCACAAAUGGGUUCAUAUUGUCAAAUUCCAAUGGUGUUAUCAACUUACAAUCAUCGCUUUUUGCACUUACCAAAAUUGGUUUACUGUUAGCUACUCUGUUUUAUUUUAUCGGUAAUCUAUUCCAUUCAUCAUCGUUGUCUUCGUCCAAAGACGCUAAAUCGAUUAAUAAUGAUUCAAUAUCCAUGAUACCUGUAAAAGAUACUGUUCAAUUUGAUUCCAAUCAACAUUUAAAGGAAACCUUGAAAAAGACAUUCGUGAUAAAUAAAUUGAAAUAUAGAUUUAAUUCUAUGGAGAGAAUUGAAUCGAAAAUGGCAAAAUGUUUUGCCGUAAAAUUAUACAUGCAAAAAGCGAAGUUUCCUUGGACCUAUAUUUCAAAAAAGUUCGUUGAUAAAAAAUGGAAUGAAAUCAAACUUCAAGUGGAUAAUGCAAAUCGAAAAAGUAAGGGACUCCUGGAUUCCAGUUUGGAAUGGAAUAUGAUUACAAAUGUAAUGAGUUCUGGAAAAAAUUUUACAUUGGGCAAUGAACUGUUACUAAAAGAGUUGUCUAUGGAGACUAAUGAAAUGGAAUUGAAAGAUUUCGUUGGAAAAAUUAAUGCCUAUAUUCUAAACUACACAAAAAAUGUACUGCUGAACAAUCUUUUGGAGGACAUAAUGGAUGAUAAGGAUGAAAAACUUAUACCAUUAGAGGAGACUUGCCAAAAAAUUCAUAAAGAAAAGUUUGUUGAUAAUAGCUUAUUGAGAUCGAUUCCAGAUUUUUUUGGCUUGCUAGAUUGCCUUUUGGUACCGACAAAGGAAAGCUGCGAUAAGUUAUCAAAGUUGAUAAGGAUUAGUAAUGAAUCAAAUGCGGGGAAUUUAUUUGAGGAGCAAUUAGUUCUCUACUGUUCAGUAAUGAGAAAAUUAAUUAAGGAAGGGAAAACAGAUCAAUGUGAUAAAUGGUCGAAAAUGAUGCCAAUAUUCAAUAUAAUUAAAAGGGAAAAGGGGAAAAAAACCGAAAGAUUAUCAAUAAUUGGAUUUACAGCGAUUUUUUUAAUGCUGAAAUCGUUAUCAGUGAAGUUAAAUCAGUAUGAUGUUACAACAAUACUCAAAGUUGAAAACUUAUUUGGUGAGGAAAGGAUAUGGUUAGGUUCCGAGAAAGGGGAUGGUGUAAAUUUCGAAAUUAGAUCACAGCUAAUUGAUUAUUGCAUAAGUGAAGCACAAACUUGCUGUGCCUUAAUUAGGCUUGAUGAAUCAGCAGUGAAAUAUAUUGAUGAUGGUGAAACCGAGUAUGAAGAGGAGGAGCUAUGA